GUAUCUUAUUGCUGCUCCUCUACGGGGUUCAUAUCGACGGCAGCGAACACGCUUCAACUUCACACCCGGGUACCACAGCAAAAAAAAAAAAAAGAUAGAGAGAGAGAGAGAGAAAAGACGCAUUUGUUAUCAUAAAAACCUUCCAAGACAUCCUUUGGUUAACAGGACCAGUGCUAACAUAGCAAGUCAACUGGCUUUAAAUCAAUGGCGUUAUUUGUAAGAGCGCGGGAGCCGUUUUAGGUAAGGUCUCGUUAAAGAUAGCAGUUUGUGGGGGUUGUGUUGGCUUCGGUCUUGUUAAAGUGACUGCACAGAUUAAACAAAACCUGCCGCCGUGCUUCAACAACUGCGAGCAGACCAGACCGGUGGAGAUAUUUCAAACCUCUCGCUGCAUCUCUCACCGAGGAGGCAUCCGGAUAAAAGGUGACCAGGCGGGCAGUUGACCUGACAAGUUUUGUGGAGGAUACUGGGAGGAACUAAUUUUCAAAAUGCCUGUGGCGACAUCCAGCUCCGACUCCGCCAUGCAUCAGGCCCUGGACACACUGAGUGACAGCACAAGCUCCACAACUGCCAAUGACCUGGACCUCAUUUUUCUCAAAGGCAUCAUGGAGAGCCCAGUGGCUCACGAGCAGUUUGAGGAACCCAAGCUCGAGGCGGUGAGGGAGAACAAUGUGGAGCUGGUCCAGGACAUCCUCAAGGAGCUCGGCCCGCUCUCACACAGAAGCCAGGCAGCCGAUGAACUGGUCCGCAUAUUGAAGGAGCCGCACUUCCAGUCCCUCCUAGAGACCCAUGAUUCUGUGGCAUCCAAAAACUAUGAGACCCCUCCUCCCAGCCCCUGUUCCUUUAUGGACGCAGCCCUGAAUAACCAGCCUGUUCCCCCAGACGCAGUUAGGAUGGUGGGAAUCCGUAAGGUGUCUGGCGAGCAUCUGGGAGUAACUUUUCGAGUGGAGAGCGGCGAGCUGGUGAUCGCCAGGAUUCUCCACGGUGGCAUGAUUGACCAGCAAGGUCUACUCCAUGUGGGUGACAUCAUCAAGGAGGUGAACGGCAAAGAGGUGGGGAACGACCCCAAAGUGCUCCAGGAGAUGCUGAAGGAGGCGAGCGGCAGUGUGGUGCUUAAGAUCCUGCCCAGCUACCAGGAGCCACACACAGCAAGACAGGCGUUUGUAAAGUGUCACUUUGACUACGACCCAUCCCAUGAUAACCUGAUUCCCUGUAAGGAAGCGGGGCUUAGCUUCAGCAGCGGAGACAUCUUGCAGAUUUUCAACCAGGAGGAUCUCAACUGGUGGCAGGCCUGUCACAUAGAGGGAGGCAGUGCAGGCCUAAUUCCCAGCCAGUUACUAGAGGAGAAGAGGAAAGCGUUUGUGAAGAGAGAUCUGGAGCUGGCUACCACAGGUCCUUUAUGUGCUGGAAUGGGUGGGAAGAAGAAAAAAAAGAUGAUGUAUUUAACUACCAAAAAUGCAGAAUUUGAUCGCCACGAGCUGCGGAUAUAUGAAGAGGUUGCUAAGGUCCCACCCUUCAGGAGGAAGACACUGGUUCUGAUUGGUGCGCAGGGGGUCGGCCGUCGCAGUUUGAAAAACAAGCUGCUGGUGUCGGAUCCUCAGCGGUAUGGCACCACCAUUCCCUUCACCUCCAGAAAACCAAAGGUGGAUGAGAGGGAUGGCCAGAUGUACUCCUUCAUGACCCGCAGCGAAAUGGAGUGUGACAUCAAAAAUGCCCGUUUCUUGGAGCACGGCGAAUAUGAUGGGAACCUGUAUGGCACUAAGAUCAACUCUAUACACGAGGUGAUAGAAACAGGAAAGAUCUGCAUCCUGGACGUCAACCCACAGGCUCUUAAAAUCCUGCGGACUUCAGAGUUCCUGCCCUAUGUUGUGUUCAUUGAAGCUCCUGAUUUUGAGGUUCUCAAAGCUAUGAAUAGAUCAGCAAUUGAGUCUGGAGUGGUUACAAAACAGUUAACGGACUCUGAACUAAAGAGGACGGUGGACGAGAGCGAGCGCAUUAAGCGGGCCUAUGGACAUUACUUUGACCUCUGCAUCAUAAACGACGGCCUGGAAGCAGCAUUCCGAAGUCUACGGUUGGCGCUGGAGAAACUGUCAACGGAGCAGCAGUGGGUGCCCGUCAGCUGGGUCUUCUGAAAGUCACCAAAGGCUCACCCGCCUCAGGUCGGAGGACGAUUUAACAUUGGUAGCUCCAGGAGGGGCUCCAUGCAGUCAUUGGUGGUGAAGGUCGGUGAAGGGCCAAGCGUCAUGAAUGACCAGCUUCAUGUAGAGCGUUUUUGUACAAACUUAGUGUUCCUCUGUUGAGCCUAAUGUCAAGUUGUAUUUUAUUUGUCCGAAUUGGAAUCCUUUUACUGAUAUUUGCUGAGAAGGAUUUAGAGUUGAUUACGAGGUUUAGUGCAAUAGUGUGAGUGAGUGUGUGUAUGUUAUCAUAAACGUGGAAAUAGACUUAGAGUAAAGAAUACGUUUGCAGCUAACAGUGCUCAGUUCAAGGUUUUUGUUGAAGGAUAUUAAACUUUUUAGCCUUUCCUACUUUAUGUAGUGUAAUGUUUACAUUGGAUUGGUAGGACAGACUGGUGAAGGAAAGAUACCAAAUGUCACAUUUGUAUUAAAUUCUCUAUAUUUUACCAUUUGAUUAUACAGUAUGAUUGUAUGUGUUCAGAAACGUGCUUUAUCUUGUCUGUCUCCACUAAUUUGAAAAAUGAACAGCAAUAGACGAUUGAAACAGAAACAUAUACAUGCAAUACAUUUACUCACACACAGAUGAACACACACUGAUAUACUGUAUAUGUAAACACAGUGAGAGCAGCUUUUGUUGAGACAUUUUGCAUUAAUCUUGAAGUCUCAAUUUGGUUUGUUUCAUUUUUUAAUGUUGAUUACAUUGUACAUUUGUUGUGUUAUGCCGGUAAAUCGUCUGGUUUAAGAUGAUCCAGCUAAUAGAUCACAGUGCCCGACUAUUGCCUGCUUGAUUCUGUUGGAGUUGUAUUUGUAGCACUGAGAACACUUAAACCCUCAAAGAAAAAAAA